GCCAGCACCUCGCAGAGUUGCAACUCUGGAGUGCAUCCUGACCGCUGGAAGGUUGUGCUGACAGAUGGGGCCCACUGGGUGCACCCAAAGACGGGAGUGCGCAACAUCAUAGGGCUGUACAUGGAUCAGUGUAGCCGGUUUUUGGUUGGGAAGGUUUUGGUUCAGGGUAAGACGGAUCUUCCGAAUGCUGAUUGUUAUGUGAAGUUUUUCCGUGAACAUUGGCAACAGUAUUUUGGCAAGCCUGAAACUCUGCGGUUUGAGGCGGAAGGGACUUGGAGGUCCAAAGCUUUAGACGAAGCUUUCUCUCAGAUGGGCAUCAUCUUGGACCCAGUGCCGGGGGAUGCUCACUGGCACAUCUCUCCAAUGGAGCGGUGCAUAGAGUGGGUGAAGGGCAGCACGCCUUGGGACAGGCGCCCGACAUUGCCGGCCGCCUUCGAAAGCGACAUCAAUGGCUUCCCCGUGCACCUGAUGGGCCACCCUGAUGGAGAAGUGGCGCAGGCAGCUUGCCUCCGAGGAGAGGCAGAAGCUACCUUUGCUCGUUGGCAGGCGCAGCAGCGCUACAGCCGAGCACAGAACUCAAAGCAACGUCCCAUUCCGGAGUACAUGCCAGGGGACCUAGUCUUCUACUGGCGCUCACAGCUUUAUGGCAAGAAAGCUGGGGGUACUAGACUCCAAACUGGGCGAGCAGCUGGCUAUGCAGGGCCGGCCAGAAUCUUGGCCCUGGAGACACGGAAGAGUGAGGACAUCACCGCCGAGGUCCCGAGCGAGGCCGACAAGGACGAACAUGGCGAGGAACACAGCUUCUGGGCACAGGAGACCGCAGCUGUGGCAUUGGAAAUUCCUACGCCAACCACGCGACAUGGCUGGAAACUGGCCUCCCGAGACCUGGAGACCUACCUGGCCAGUGCCCUCAAGAAGAAGAGCGUCGAGGUCUAUGAAAAGAACAUGGAUCCCGGCACCAAGGAACGCUUUGCAGCGGCCAAGAAGGGAGGCUAUGCGAAUGCGGCGGGUUCUGUCCUGGAAGACCGACCAUUUACUUCGCCAAAAGCGAGAGCAGUCGUCCUGGGCUACCAGGACCCGAACUACGAGCACCGCAUCACAUAUGCGCCAACCACCACUCGUCACACGAGACAGCUCACGCUUCAGAUGGCUGCGUGCAAGAACUGGCACGCCUGGAAGGGCGACGUGUCAGCAGCCUUUUUACAAGACCGAGAAUGCGGUUACGAUCUGUACUGUAUACCCACUCCUGAGCUGUGCGAAGGGAUGGGAAUACCAAAAGAAAGUGUGGCGCGACUUCGUAAAGCUUGUUACGGCUUAGCGCAAGCUCCGUACGAGUGGUAUGAAACGGUGAGAGCCUUUCUGUUGGAAAUUGGGUUCUAUCAGUGUGCCACUGACCCGUGUUGUUGGGUUCUGCAGGUUGAGGGCCGUGUCCAUGCCAUCAUUUCUGGUCAUGUCGAUGACUUUAUGAUGAUAGGAGACCCUCAGGACCCCAUUUGGAAGUCUACCAUGGCUGCCAUUCAGGAUAAAUUUAAAUGGGGAGAGUUCGAGCUGAACAACCUCACUCAGUGUGGAGCGCAGAUCGAGCGCCAGGAAGACGGCCUCUCCGAGGUUCCGCAAAGUACAGUGGAAGCACUCAUGUCCGCCAACCAACUCCUUCAUAAAAUGAGGGAUGCUGCCAAAGAGCCCAUGCUCAUUCACAGGGUGGGUGACCCGGAGGAGGUGGCUCUUACGGCGUGGUACCAGUGGAGCGAGUUGUUGGGUAGGAAGCCUUCUUUGAGAGAUCCGGACUCCAUGAUUCGUAGGGUGCCUGGGCUUUUGGUCACGGACAGUAGAAACGUGUACGACCGCAUGCAACAGCCUUACAUUUCCCCUACAGGUGAGCAGAAACGUGUUGAUCUGGAAGUGCUUGUGCUCAAGGAAUCCCAGUUGCGUACUGCCUUGGACAUCAGAUGGGUCAAUGCUCAAGCCAUGCUGGCUAAUAGCCUGACUAAGAGAGGUGAAGAUCAACAAUUCGACCGCUUUGUUGCUUGCAAGUACAGGUGGAAGAUUGUAGAUGAUCCUCAAAUGUUUAGCGGCCGAGAGCGCUCCAAACGAGGGCUCGAUGGCUUAGAUGAGCCUGUGCCCUCCAAAGACGUUGGAGGCCAGGGGGCCAUGCAAGAAGCAGUGCGCAUCGCCAGCGGGCGAAAAGAGGAGAUCGACAAGUACAAGGC